GAAAAUGGGGAGGACCGAAACGUAUGGGCCAGGGACUCAGGGUCGCAUAGGGUUAGGGUUUUCUUCUUCGCUUCUCUGUUUGCAGCCUUCGCCUCUGCCCCCUUGCCUCCUGUGGUGGCUGUCGUCUGUUUGCUUCAAGCCGCCGGCUGUCGCUAGCCUGGUCGCCGGUCUCCAGCAGUGGCCUCUUACCCUCUCGCCCUCUCCUGAGUCUGCGCUGCUCUGCGCCGCGGCUGCCGCACUGCUCGCCGGAGCUGCUACUCUGCACCUACUCUAGCCACUCAUUCAGACCCCAAGAUCUUGUCCCACUGGGUUAAAUUUCCUGUUUCAAGAACCACUAGAUUUUCAGGACUGGAGUACGUUCUGUACCAGCAACGUACUCCAGCUCAGAUACCAUGGGAGUAGAACUAGCAACUGAAAAGGAAGGAUUUCAUGAAAUGGAGGAUGUCAAUUUCAGUGAUUCUGAAUUAAUCUACCACGUAAGGGAUGCCCUUACCUCAGUCCGACAGGGUGAUAGGGACAGUUAUGAACAGCUGAUUGGGGUUAUGCACUAUACUGGACGUUUGGCCCCUGAUGAAGUGGCUCUGCUUGUGACAAGUUUAAAGGCAUUAUCUGGAGCAGUUUCAUAUAUUGAUAUUGUUCACCACGAGUCUCUUCUUUCUCGAAUUUUUGAAAUGAGCAUGUGGAAUUACGGAACUGAUGUGAUGGAUGCAUUAGUGGAACUAAUUAUAUCCUUGGCUGCUUCAAGUGGAAAAUAUGUUGAUUCUUGUUUGGAGAUGCUUGUAAGCAAUUUUAGGCCGCCUAAGUCAUUUCUAGAUUUACUGCAACAGCCGCGUGGUAUUGCAAGGAAGGACCAAGUUCUUUGUCGGGUGCAUUCAGCCCUAAAAGACAUUGCUGAUUUGGUGCCUCUUGCCCCUUUGCGACUUUUGCCAAUCAUUAUUCAAAGAGUGCCAAAUGUUUUUGAUAAGGAGCCCAUGAUCGUGAUAUAUGUGGAGAACAUGUUGAGAUUGGAAAGUGGUGCGAUUGGGGAACUUGUUGGGAGCUCAAUGCUUAUGGCAGUGGUGGAUAGGCUGAUAGAUUUGGAUGUCGAGAUUGGAUGGGAUGAUAUUUUACAGGACGACUCUAGUAAAGGCAUGUUUGAGAUGGAGCUGGAAGAUUUGGAUGAGACAGCAGAUGAUGCUGAUGAAGGCAUUGAGCUUUCAAGAGAGUAUUUAAAUCGGAAGAGUUUAAGGGGAAACUUAUUUGCUGACAAAUUAGACAGCUUGAUGGUGCUUACAUUUGAGCAUCUUAAAUCAUGUGAAGAUGGUGGCCGCUUGACAAAGGUAUUUGAAUCUCUCCUUCAGUCAUUUCAAAUGACUGUUCUGAAUGCAUACAAGUCAAAAUUUGCUCAGUUUGUAAUGUUUUAUGCAUGUUCGUUGGACCCAGAAAAUUGUGGUGUGAGAUUUGCCUCAACACUUGCAGACAUUUUUGUUUACAGUGCAUGUUCGCCGCUUACCAGGAUGAGUGCUGUUGCUUAUCUUGCUAGUUAUUUGUCUCGUGGGAAGUUUCUAUCAGCUUCUUUGGUUGCUAACAUGUUGAAAAGGCUUGUAGAUUGGUGUCUGGAAUAUUGCCAAAGUCUGGACAGUGAUGUCAAUCCAACAGCUCACAAAGUUUUUUACUCUGGAUGCCAGGCCAUAAUGUAUGUGCUCUGCUUUCGAAUGAGAUCAAUGAUGGAUGUUCCUCAUCUCAAAUCACAGCUUCUCCUCAUGCCCAUAGAGUCUAUCUUGAAGCAUCCGCUGAAUCCAUUGAAGGUGUGCCUGCCAUCUAUAGUACAGGAAUUUCUCCGACAGGCGAAGGCAGCUCGACUAUUUACUGUGUCUGAGACCUUUGUCUUUAAUGACCUGUUGGAGUCUGAGCUUUCUAGGGCUUUUGGUGGGAUGGAAAGGCUUGACAUGUUCUUCCCAUUUGAUCCAUGUCUGCUGAAAAAAUGUGACAGAUUCAUCCGUCCAAAUUUUGUGUACUGGUCAAUGGUUAGAACAACUUAUGCUGACGAAGAAGGUAGCAGCGAUGAAGAAGAUGAUGAUGACAGCAUCGAUGAGAAUGGAAAGAACCUUGUGGAAGAUGACUUUGCUAGGAGUUUUGAAGAGCAAGAUAUUGAUAUCAAUGAAUUUGACUGUUCUUUGGAUAAAAUGUCAAUUACACCCAGGAAUUCUUUGAAAUACAGGUUUGGGGGUGAAGUAAAGGCAGCCAGGCAAAUGCCCUCCAGAAUCCGACCCUCUACGAGUCCAGAGUCGUUGUAGUUACUAUUAGCUGCCUUUUGCGUUUAUAGUAGAUGACAGGGUGUGGACGAGAGAUCUUUCUUGUACCAACAGGCAAGUAUACUGGAUUUUUCCCGCCAAAGAAUGCAGCAGGGAGGGGUCGGCAUGCUUCCUUUGUUGGGUUGGUUAACUUGGUUCUGUAAGCGAGUCAUUGAGCUAAGCCCAAAAAAGGAAGGAUAGGAGAAGUUUGUAGGAUUUAUCCAAUUCUCUUUUGUUUUGGGGUGGGGUUGUGUUCUGAAACUUUGCCUCCAUGCAAAUCAGUGUAGAAAAUUGAUGAGUUGAUACGAGUUUUCAUGUGCAACAUUCUGUAUUUGUCUAUAUAAGUUGAUAUAAGUGUUUUU